UUAUUGAUUCCAGUAGCCAUAGAUAUCAAAUUCAAAACGUCAUUUCUAGGCGUGUCGUGAGAAAUUCAUUAGUUUUAGUUUUUCUAUGUUUCCACUUUGUUCGAUUGAUGAGCAUGUUUACAUUUAAUGUCACUUAACAAGACGUUCUAUGCUAUUUCUCUGUAUCUGUAUUUAUAUGUCGAUACAUGUGUACAAUCAUUUGUCUAUAUAUAAUUUAGUGUAUCCUAAUUAUUAGUAUUGUAUCAAGUACCUCGUUCUUAAUAAAGCGCGGAUAAUAAAGAUAUUCAAAAUGAACUACAAUCUAACAGUAUUUCAAGAGCCUCGAGGAGUGAUGAGAAUUAUUCAAUUUAUUUUUUCAAUAUGCGCUUUUGCUACAAUAUCUGGAUAUAGCAGCAUGUACAAAUACAUGUGCCAAAGUAAAGCAUAUGAUGCAAAAAUAGAAUAUCCAUUUCGGAUAUCUCUUCCUGUAUCUGAUUCUCCCACAGAAGGCUCUAGUGGUGAUUUAUCGUCUGAUGCUCAAUUUUUUGUUGCAACUGGAGUGUUGUCAUUUUUAUAUUGUAUUUUUAUUGUAAUUUUUUAUGUGGGGUGUGAUGAACUGUACAAGAAGAAUACCCAAAUUCCAUUGAUAGAUUUCUCACUCACUGUGAUUUUAGCAGUAUUUUGGUUAUCAGGAAGUGCAGCUUGGGCUAAUGGACUAAAUGGCUUGAAAACUCUAGUGAUUUUACCGGAUUCAUGUUCUGUUGUUGAGAUGCCAAGUUUUUCAACAUUAAAUAUUUCUGUGAUUCUUGGAUUUUUAAACUUUUUUCUGUGGGCUUCCGAUUUGUGGUUCUUAUACAAAGAAACUACAUGGUUCCAAAUUAAACAGGCCAGUUCUGGACCAAUCACACCAACAGUUUAAAUUAAUAAAGUUACAGAGUAUUAUUCAUUUCAUUGAUUAUUAAGGUAUGAUUCUAAAACUAGUCGUACGAGCUAACAAAAUAAAGUUUAGUAGUAUGUUUAGAAAUGUAUUAGGGAUGGUACUAAUUUCAUUAUUAAGAAUUGGAUUAUAAUAGCUACCAUAUUAAGUGUAUAGAUUCAAAAAAUAAAACAUUAGUUGAUUAUGAUUAAUGCAGGGGCACUUAUUACUUAAGAAAACGCUAUUGAUUUCAAUUACUAACUAUUGGAAACGUUGCAUUAUCAAGUAGUAUGAUUAACAUUUUUUGCCCCUUUUCAUGACAAUAAAAUGUUACAUGUGCCACUGACUUGAGCAUUUUCAUCACGUAGGAUUUGAGAUCAUGUAGCUCUAAAUUACAGCAUUGAGAAUCUUUAUAUUAGUUAUAUUAUAUUUAUUAUCUAAUAAU